CUAACACAUUUAAAUAAAAAAAAAGACAUUUAGGGUUUUCUUCAAUUUAAUACGACCCACCCCUCUCACGCUUUUAAGAACCCAAACCCUAAUUAUUAUUUCACUCUUUGCGAUCCUUUGCGCGCCGCUGCUAUUUCUGCUUCGAGGAUCUUGAAAUUUUUGAACAAUGGUGAGGGUUAGUGUUCUGAAUGAUGCUCUUAAAAGCAUGUACAAUGCUGAGAAGAGAGGGAAAAGACAGGUCAUGAUUAGGCCUUCUUCAAAAGUUAUCAUCAAGUUCCUUAUUGUUAUGCAAAAACAUGGUUAUAUUGGUGAGUUUGAGUAUGUUGAUGAUCACAGAUCAGGUAAGAUUGUGGUGGAAUUGAAUGGAAGAUUGAACAAAUGUGGAGUUAUCAGUCCUCGAUUUGAUGUUGGUGUCAAGGAAAUUGAACCAUGGACUGCUAGACUUCUCCCUUCAAGACAGUUUGGUUACAUUGUAUUGACAACAUCUGCUGGAAUCAUGGAUCAUGAAGAAGCUAGGAGGAAGAAUGUUGGUGGAAAAGUGCUUGGUUUCUUCUAUUGAAAAACAUGAUAUUUUGAAAAAGAUGAAUUUAUUUUGUGUUUUGAGAUUGAAUUUUGUCAAGGCAAGUUAUGGUUUUGGUUUUGUUUUGUGUUAGUUGUUUGUCAUGUUAUGACUUUAAUUUGUAUCACAGUUUUUAAUUAUGCUAUAAGUUACAUUAUUUCUGCUAUCACGUGGUUGUUGCACAUUUUUUUAAUCAUGUAUGUGUAUGAUAGAUAUAAUAAGGUUAUAGUAAGAUGAUAUAUCAACG